AACAUGGGACAGUACUGUGAGCAGGCAGGCAAGCGAGAGUUUGGGACGACGCCACAGGUGGUGAUUGGACAAUUCGGGCGGGCAGAACAGUGGGGCACGAUCACUGCGGUAUGCCUCGCCGUUUGUGCUCCAAUAUAGGUGGCAUCCUCCGUUCUCCCUCGCAUUCAGAAAGCAACGGAGACGCCUUGGAAAGAUUAUAACGCGUCAUCCUUUAGCUCGUCUUCUGGGUCUCAGAAGAAAACGCUGUUCGUGGUUUUAUGAUGGCGAUCCAGGUCCUCUCGGACCUGCACCUGGAGGCCCCCAAAGCCUACGACGUGUUCGAGAUCGCGCCCAAGGCGCCGUACCUGGCUCUGCUGGGCGACAUCGGCAACGUCGCGGCGCACAAGCAGGACUUCCUGGCCUUCCUGACCCGGCAGCUGCGCCAGUUUCGGGCUGUGCUCUUCGUCCCCGGGAACCACGAGGCGUACCACUCCAACUGGCCGGACACCCUCGCGAUCCUCCGCGCCUUCGAGGACGAGACGCGCAAGGACCCGUCGCUGGGCGAGUUUGUCCUGCUCGACCGCGGCGUCUUCCGGCUGCCGGACUCGCGCACCGUCGUCCUGGGCUGCAGCCUCUUCUCUCACGUCCCGCCCGACCGCCACGCGGCCGUCAGCAUGGGACUCAACGACUUCUUCCAGACCGGCGGCGGCUGGGACGUGGACGCGCACAACGAGAUGCACCGCCGGGAUCUCGCCUGGCUCAACGCGCAGGUCGCCGAGCUGGAGGCGUCGUCCGACGACGUCCGGAUCGCCAUCCUGUCCCACUGGAGCCCGACGCUGGACCCGCGCGCGAUAGACCCCAGGCACGCCGGCAGUCCGAUCACGAGCGCCUUCUCGACCGACCUGUCCGGUGAGAGGUGUUUCAGGAGCGACAGGGUCAAGGUCUGGGCUUUUGGGCACACGCACUACAAUUGCGAUUUUGUGGUCCAGCGGCCCGACGGCGCGAGCCCGCUGAGGCUCGUGGCGAACCAGAGGGGCUACUACUUUGCUCAGAGCAAUGCUUUCGACGGAGAGAAGACGGUUGAGGUGUGACGUUGUGGAGGCGAGGGACUAUUUUGGAAUUAGGUGGUCACUAGAGGUUGUUCCGAGGAACUU